UUUCACACGCAGCAAGUUCAAAACUAUUUCCACCUCGGCUCGUCCCACACCCGCUCUUCCAGAUAUCCGCGGAUCAGGAAAUCCACCGUGUUGGUCAUGCCGGAAACCUGGAAAACAUCCUUGUCGUCUUCCCCUUCUCAACCCCCGAACAUCUGAUCAAUAAUCAGAUCCUCUGCGUGCUAUUUCGGCAUGCCUGUCACUUGUCCUUCACGCCACUCCUACCAUCCCUGUCCUUGCCCUCGUCAGAUCUCAACUGAUCCGUGGUGAUUUCAGAGACUAUGGAUAUACUCUUCAGAAUAAGAGGAGGCCUUGAUCUGGCUUUUCAGCUAGCUACUGCUAAUGAAAUAUUUAUCAAGAAAGCACUAAAACAUGUGCUGAGUGACCUGUCAACCAAGCUUUCUUCAAAUGCCCUUGUGUUCAGAAUUUGCCAUAGUUCAGUAUAUAUAUGGCCUAAUAGUGACGUAAACACCAUUCCAGGAGAACUGAGUGAUAGCUCUGCUUGUAAGAACAUAAUGCGCUUUAUUCACUUUGAACAGGAAGAAGAUAUAAAACGAAAAUUUAUGAGAAAGAAAGACAAGAAGUUAUCGGACAUGCAUCAAAUAGUAAACAUAGAUCUUAUGCUGGAAAUGUCAAUCCCUGUGGGAGCUGUCACCCCCAUCAUUGAAAGAGAAAGCGGAGGACACCACUACGUUAGUAUGACUUUACCUGUAGAUGUAGUUCUGUCUGUUGCUCCAGAAGAAACAUGGGGAAAAGUUCGUAAACUUCUAGUUGAUGCAAUUCAUAAUCAACUAACUGACAUGGAGAAAUGUAUUUUGAAGUAUAUGAAAGGAACAUCUAUUGUGGUCCCUGAACCACUGCACUUUUUAUUGCCAGGGGAAAAAAAUCUUGUAACAAUUUCAUAUCCAUCAGGAAUUCCAGAUGGUCAGCUUCAGGCCUAUAGAAAGGAAUUACAUGACCUCUUCAAUCUGCCUCACGACAGACCGUAUUUCAGAAGAUCUAAUGCUUAUCACUUUCCAGAUGAGCCAUACAAAGAUGGUUACAUUAGAAAUCCACAUACUUAUCUCAAUCCACCUAACGUAGAGACUGGUAUGAUCCAUGUGGUCCAGGGCACCUAUGGCUAUCAUCACUAUAUGCAGGAUCGGGUGGAUGACAGUGGCUGGGGCUGUGCUUACCGAUCUCUGCAGACAAUCUGCUCUUGGUUCAGGCACCAGGGCUACACAGAGAGAUCCAUUCCGACACACAGGGAGAUUCAGCAGGCUCUAGUUGAUGCCGGGGACAAACCAGCAACGUUUGUUGGAUCACGGCAGUGGAUUGGAUCGAUCGAGGUACAGCUCGUACUGAACCAACUGAUUGGUGUAACUUCAAAAAUACUGUUUGUCAGCCAAGGUUGUGAAAUGGCCUCUCGAGGACGGGAGCUGGCUCAUCACUUCCGGACUGAAGGAACUCCAGUCAUGAUCGGGGGAGGAGUUUUGGCCCACACAAUACUAGGAGUGGCGUGGAAUGAGAUUACAGGGCAGAUAAAAUUUCUGAUUUUAGAUCCACAUUAUACAGGCACUGAAGAUCUACAAGUUAUUUUGGAAAAGGGCUGGUGUGGAUGGAAGGGCCCAGACUUUUGGAACAAAGACGCUUAUUAUAAUUUAUGUCUUCCUCAGCGACCAAAUAUUUUUUAAAAUAUCUUGGACUCGAAGACUGUAGUAAAGUUGUAUUAUAGAUUUGUUAAUAAAGACUAAGUUUAACUUCAAAGAGAA